AUGUCUCGUAUGGAAUAUUUAUUAAAUAUGUUUAAAGUUUUAUACUCAAGGUUCUUGAGGUUAACUGGAAUUACAUUCAGUUUCACUCCAUUGAUUCAUGGAACAGUGAUGAAAAUCUUGGGACAUCAAGACUUUGAGCGAUAUCUGCCAAUAAAAGCAAUUUAUCCAUUCGAUAUGUACGCUUCUCCAUAUUAUGAAAUUUUAUAUGUUGUCAUGCUGUACCCAGUCUUUAUAACUUCUUAUGCUUCAGUUGGAUUCGAUUUAUUAUUUUUCGACAUCUGUCGAGCAUUAUGUGAUGAGUUUGACAUCAUAAAGCAUUGUGUAGAUUCAGAAGAUAAAAAGAAUAUUAUGAGUCAUCACUCAAAAGUUUUGAAAAUUGCAGACGAGUUUAAAGAAUUGUUUGCGCCGAUCAUUUUCAUUCAAUUCAUUGAAGGUUCACUAGCUUUGUGCGUUUCCGGAUUUCAACUCGUCAUGUCCGAUGUUUUUGCACAGAAAAUUGUUGUUACUUUCCUGGGUGUCGCGUUGAUGAUGCAGCUUUUCUUUUAUUCACUUUUUUCAGAGUUCUUGAAAAGUAAAAGUGAAUCAGCUGCCGAUUUAUGUUACAUUCCUGACCGAGACUACAUUCUCUUCAUUAUGAGAUCACACAGAAGUGUCGUUAUAAAAGGAGGUUUUUACUAUGCGACGUUGGAAACUUUCAAUAACAUUGUCAAGACGGCGGGAUCAUUGAUUGCACUUUUGCAAUCUUUUGAGGAGUAA